AUGGAUGAAAUUAACCAAGGAGAUUGGGGACUCCGCGACGGAAAGGACCACGUUGAUGCCAUCUCCUUUGAUUUGAACUCAGCCCCAGCCGUCUUCUUUCUCGACAAGAAUUCACCAUCCAUAACAUUGAAGUAUGAGAAACGUGAUGUUGGUUAUUACCAUGAAUAUACUCUCAUGGUUGGUAUAAUGGUGGGAACACCGACUCGAAAGAGUGGCCAAGCCGUCUUUACAUUUUCGGCUGAUGGAAAGGGCACGUGGAAAUCGAAUGGCAACGAGCAGUUUGGCAUUUCUUUCGAAUUACCUGCCAACUUCAAGGUGGACGCGAAUCCAGAAUCGAAAGGCUUGCUUGCAAAGAUUGUUGGGGCGAUGGAUGCAAAGAUCAAGGCGAUGGAUAAUCUGUCAAUUGCUGUGCCUCCUUUUUCGUUGGACCUGGGAGCUAUUGAUUUCUUUUUAACGACGAAUCUGUUGCUUCCCGGUCAACAUAUCUUCAAGCUGAGGGCAGUGCCUGACAAUCUUUAUUUCCCAAGGGACAUUUUGCUCCAGGGCGAUGUAUAA